UAAAAGGCAAUUAAAAAGCAAAUAAUAAUGAACAGUGGAAUAGUGGAGAGAACUGGGGUAAGGCCCGGGUUCAGGCCUGCCUGAAGCUGUUCUCAUCUGUGAAGUGGAUGGCAGCCCCCGGGCUCUGCUGAGGGUCAGAGAGAAUGGGGUGUGGUGCCGCUGGCCCCCGGGCCCCCUCAGGCACUCUGACCCUUCCCCUCAGAGCCAGCAUGGGGACCCUCUGCCACUCUCUGGGGAAGGGCACACGGGUAUCCAGCCCCGCUGUUAUGGUCGAAUUGUGUCCCCCUCAAAAUUCACUUGUUGUGGUCCUAGCCCCCAGGACCCUAGAAUGUGACUGCGUUUGGAGAUGGGGGUCUUUACAGAGGUAAUUAAGGUAAGAUGAGGUCAUUGGGGGGGCCCUGAUCCCACCCGACUGACGUCCUAGGAGAGGAGAUCAGGACGCAGACAGGCAGAGGGGCAAUCACAUGAGGACACAGAGGGAAGGCUGGUCUACACACCAAGGAGAGGCGUCAGGAGGAGCCACCCCUCCCAGACCGGGAGAAGACGUUCUGUGGUUGGGCCGCAUCUGUGGUGCUUUGGCCCCAGGGGCCCAUCUCUGCAUAGGGUAGGAUUGUAAUGCCCCAUGGAGACCGUGUCCCACAGUCCCAGCUCUCCAUUUCCUGGGGAGAAGCCCAGGCUGGGCGUCCAUCCAUCCAAGCUGGUGGUGGGAGAAGCUUGCACACCUCUGGGGCAGGUGGGGAGCGAUUUCCGAGAAGAGAACGAGCAGGCCGACGUCCCAUAUGGACGCAGGUGCAACAGUCUUGGAGAGGCGGAAGGGCAGCCGGGUGUGCUGUGUGCGCCAGGUUUGCCCCGAGGUGCUGGUACUCGCGUGCUGGCUGCUUGUCCCUGGCCCACUGAGGCCCGUUAGAGUGAGAGUGAAGGCAUUAAAAAGGAAAAGUGCUCAGGGCGAAGAGGAGGGAAGAAGGAAAACACCCAUGGGAGAGGAGAGCAGAGGCCGGUGUGGCUGUCUGCCCGCCCGGGCCUGAAGCCUGCAGCCCAGCCCAGGACUCUUCCCAGGAAGGGCUCAGACCCCGACCCUCUGGGGAUCCGAGCCGCGGCAGCCGAUGCCCACCCACAGGUGGGGACAGGACGGUUUCUUCCUGACAGACUGGCCGAGAGGAGAGGCCUUCGGGCCCUGGCCUUCCAGGCCCUGUUGCCCACCGUGAGGCCCACCAUUCCCAGGGGCGCCCCGCUCGGCUCCCCAGACAGCUGUGCGGUGCCUCACUCUCAAGUGUGAGCAGCCGUCCCAGACGCUUGAGACACUUCUGAGAGGAAAGACGGGCACUGCGCGAACAGGAAAGAAGGCGGCCGUGUGGAAGAACAAGGGCAGGACCGAGCCUCGAGGCCCUCAGAGGGCAGGAGCAGAAAGACUCUUGGAUAUUGUUGAAAUUUUGACAGUAGAAGUGGAUAAUUCAAUGAAAGGGUUGCAAAAUACAGUUCAGGAAAUUUCCCUAAAAGGCAGAGAAGAGGAAAGAUAAGAAAAUUAGAGGUUCCGCCAGGAAGCCUGCCGUGGAAGUCAGAGAAGUUCCAGGAGGAGAGGACGGAGAACAGAGGCAGGACGUCAUCAAGGAAAGGUACAAGGACGUGUCCCAGAACAGAAGGGCGUGUGCACACCCGGUGCGCCCCGCACCCUCCACCCUCCUGAGACCCUGCAUGCCGUUGGGGAAGACCCCCCCAGGAGAAGAAGAAAAGCAUCCUACGUGUGAUUCAGAGUCAUGUGGCUCCAGACCCCUCAGCACCGACCCCAGGAGCUGGAAGGCGUGGAGGACCGUCAGCGUCUCGUGUCUGGGGGUGGCCUUUCACCUGCAGCCCGCGCGCAGCCUGCCUGCCGGCCAAGGGUUAGUGCCCAGUGAAGACGUUUCCAGACAACCAAAGACUUGAUAAUGUUCCUCCCCUCGUGGUUCUUCUCAGGAAGCUCCUGGAGAAUGUGCUCCUCUAGAACCAGGAGGAAACCGAGAACGUGCAGACUUGGAAGCAGGAAAUGCAGGACGUACCAGGAGAGAAGGGGGAAGGGGCCCCGGGGCUGGAGAGCAGCGUCCAGACUGAGACAGGAGGCAGGGCUGGAGAAGGGCGUCUCUAAGCAGUGGUGGGGUGUGCUGAGAGAGGCUCUGUGGGGCUGUCGGAGCGUCCCGUCAACGAUGGCCACACGGAAACCUAGCGGCUGCGAAGUGGUGAAAAUCUUUCUGUCGCCCUUCCACCCUCCCGUUCUUUAGACGGGAUCAUUCCUAUUGAUCCGUCUUCAGAUUGACCGACUCCCUGUCUGCUGUCAAGCCCAGUAAGUGAACUCCAUUCCGGUGAUUAUACUUUUUAUUAGAGAAUUACCUUUUAGUUCUUUUAUGUAGUUUCGUGCAAUUUUUGUUUCUCCCUCUCUGUACUCAUCAAGACCAUAUUUUCCUUUAAGUUUUUGAACAUUUUCCAUUUAUUCUUUGAACACACAAUAGUUGCGUUUGCUAAAUCCAACAUCUGUGCCACCUUGGAGUUGCUUUCUAUUAUCUGGGUUUUUUUGCAUUUUCUCCCUUUGACUAUGGGUCACAUUUUCCAGUUUCUUUGUAGAUCUUGUGAUUUUUAUAUUGUGUAUUGAUACAUUGUAGAGAUUUGGGGUUCUGUUGUCUUCCUGUGAAGAAUGUUGAUUUUUGUUCUCGUAGGCAGUUAAUUUCUAGCUGAUUACCUUGAACUGGCGGCCGUGGUGUGACAUUUUGUUAGGUGAACCCUUGUCUUGGUGGUAUUCAGCCUACGAAGGGUCCCCUGUGGGUGUUAUCGGGGCUUUUGGUUUCAGAUUUUGGGGCGAGUCUAGAAUGGGGCUCACUUGGCUGGUCCUAAGGUGUGGUCUUUCUGGAGUCUCAGCUAGGUGCCGAGCUCUGGGCUGGACUGGACUCCACUGUGUCCAGCACUGCUUGACUGUUAGCGUCUCUGUUGCGCUCGCGGCCCUGGGGCAGCUGCUCCUGGGAGCUUUGGGGGCCCUGCAUUGCUCAGAUGCACUUCUGGUGCCCUGAACAUUCCCUCCUCCUGGCGCCCUGCCCUGAAGAUGCGCCGCCACCUCCUCUCGGUGGGGCGCUGUCCCCCCGGGGCCCCAGGUCAGUGGUCUUGGCUGGGAGAUUGCCCUGGGCAGCAGCCGGCCAUCCUGGGGCCCACCUUGGGCGCGGCCCCGCUGUCAGGAGGCAAGGUGGUGUGUUGCCUGUUGUCCAGAAGUCAGGGGCCUAAAAUAUGUUGUCUGGAUGAUGUUUGCAGUGGGAGGGCCAGCCCAGCACCAUCGCUCCGCGUGGCUGGAGCAGAAGCCUGGAGCAAACUGUGCAAGAAAGGAAAGUCGCUGUGGUCCACACGCGGCUCAGCUGUGAGCAUGUUUAUGUGGCUGGGCUCGGCUCUUCGUAGAUACUGAGUCAGAGCUGUUUUAGGAGGUUGCGGGAUGUGGGGGCGCUGGGGUACCAGAGUGAAUUCUUACCUUGAAUUUGAUUAGUAAGACGGGAGCCUCGAGAGAGAACCUAUCAGCGUAUUAGUUAGAAGUAGGGAUGUAAAUCUCCAAAGGAGUAGCCAAACCAGCUCCUGCGAGUGGUUCCUCUAGGCGGGAGCUGGGGGGAAGGAGGCGCGGUGGCGGGAUCUGGGGUUUACACGCUGGGCCACGUGUGUGUUGCUGGGCUACAAAUGAAAACUGCAUGUGAGAAGGAAGUGUUUAAGGCCUCAUGUGAACAGACUAAAGCAGGAAGAACAGGAUGGUCUCCAUAAAUGUAGGAAAGUGUCUUGCAUAAAACAUGCCUUCACGGGAACCCUGUCGGCCACCUGGGUUUGGUCGCAGCUUGUUGCCAGCCUGGAUGGUUAGAGCUGCUCCUCACUCCUUGAGCUGCCUGCCGCCUUCCCCAUCCUGCCCUGAGGAUGGACCCAGGAGACCCCACUGCUGGAGACACCACUGCUGGAGACCCCGCUGCUGGAGACCCUGCUGGCGACCCCGCUGGUGACCCUGCUGGAGGCCAGGACCCGCUUCUGUUCCUGCAGGCCCUGCAGCCGCUCUGGUCCACGCGGGAGCUGCGGCAGCAGCUCCGGGAGGAAGCCUGGCGGGGGUUUGCUGCCCUGGAUAACCCGCUUGCCGGUCUCCUGGACAUGCUGGAGGGCAGCCGGGGCUGGCAGGGGAAGGACCCCUCCCUGGAGGCCUGGGUCACCUGUGAGCUGCAGCGCUGGCUGCAGGCACAGCCGCGCCCGGGCCAGGCCCAGUGCAGCCUGGGGCUGAAGGAGCUGCAGGCCCGUGCAGUCAGGGUCCUCGCCGAGAGCCCCCCCAGCCUCGCCGGGCCGCUGGUCAGCAUCUUCCAGCUGCAGGAUGCAGACCGAAGCCCCCUGCUGGCCUACGUCCGUCAACUCCACCAGGAGGGCAAGUUUAAAGAAGCUGUCAUGCUGAGCACAAAGCUGAAGCUGCAGCCAGAACUAGAUGUGGAAAAGAUGGGCACCCCGCUGCUCCUCCAGGACAAGGUGAACCUCGUGGAGCGCUAUGUGGAUGGCUUCCCGGAUCUCCAGAGGCGGCUGCUGGUCCUCAUGGACUCCUGGUGCCAGCCCGACUUUGACAUCAGAGUCGUCGCCAGGCAGCACCUGAAGGUGACCUCCUUGAAGCUGGAGAAGCUGAGCCCCAAAGUGCUGAGUCGGCAGGUCCUGCACCUGCUGGAGCGGUUCGGUCUGGACCCAGCCUUGUGUCCCAACGUUGUCGCCCAGCAGCGCCUGGCUGCCCUGCGGUACCUGUGCUACAAGCGGUUUGUGGAGAGAAGCAUGUCUCAGGAGAACUGGGCCGACCACGUGCAGGACCUAGUGGGGCAGAAUGAGUGGCUGCAGGAGCAGCUGCUGAAGCUGCUGACCUCUCACAGCGACACGGCCACAGCCGCCCAGUGUGCCCUGGACCUUUCGCUGCCCGAAGCACGGCUGCCGGCCACAGUGGCCGCGGAACUCAGCCGACUCAGGCUCCAGGAGAGGAUGGCCGAGGCACCUUUUGAGGACAGGAGGGACGAUUACUACCAGCUGCCCGUCGCCAGGGAGAAUGUGCACUUCCUGGCCUCGUGGGAGGACCUGGCCAGGCACGAGGAGGAGCUGCUGCAGCCAGGCCUGGUCGGCGUGGACCUGGAGUGGAGGCCCUCGUUUGGCACGGGGGGCCGGCCCCAGGUGUCGCUCAUGCAGGUGGCCGUGGAGGGCCACGUGUUCCUCCUGGACCUGUUGGUGCUCUCGCAGACGUCCCAGGCUUUCUCUCAGCUGGUGCUCCGGCUGCUCUCAGACCCCUCCAUCACCAAGCUGGGUUAUGGGAUGGCAGGGGACCUGCGGAGCCUAGGAGCCUCCUGCCCUGCCCUGGCCCACGUGGAGAAGCAGCUUCGGGGCAGCCUGGACCUGCAGCAGGUGCACAGGCAGAUGCGGGUGGUGGACAUGCCAGCCCCCAGCGUGGAUGGGACCAAGGGGCCGCGGGGCCUCAGCCUCCUGGUGCAGCAGGUUCUGGGCAAGCCCCUGGACAAGAGGCAGCAGCUCUCCAACUGGGACCGGCGGCCACUGAGUGAGGCACAGCUGGUCUAUGCAGCCACCGACGCCUACUGCCUGUUGGAGGUGUACCGAGUGCUGUGCAGAGACUCCACCCGCUUCCACCUGUCGGAGGACCUGGCCAAGAGCCUGAGGCCAGGGCGCAGCCAGAGACCGGGGGCCCGGGAGCAGCCCAGCCGACAGGAGGCCUCAGCCCUGCCGCAGCAGGUGCCUGUGGCUGAAGGCGAGGACACCACCCCGGAGAUCCAGGCCAGAGCCUUCCGCGUGGUGUGUGACAGCAUGCUGCAGGGGCUGGCACGGAGCCUCCGCUGUCUGGGCGUGGAUGUGCUCGUGCUGGGCACCGGCGAGGACCACCGCAGGGCGGCUGAGGUCGCCAGGCAGGAGGGGAGGGUCAUCCUGACGUCAGGGCUGCCGUACCACAAGCUCCGGGCCCAGGUCAGGGCUGGGCGCUGUCUCUCGGUGGACUGCUCCCUCAAGGCCCGGCAGCAGGCGAAGGCUGUGCUCAGGCAUUUCAACGUGCGCGUCACCCACGCCGACAUCUUCAGCCGCUGCCAGGCCUGUAACUGUGACCAGUACCUGAAGGUCUCCAAGGACAUGAUGAAGCAGCUCAUGGGGCUCAGCGGCCACCAGGAAAGCCCCAGCAACACAGGUGACGAGGAUGCCCAGAGCAAGGAUGCCCAGGAGCCAGGCUCAGCCCCAGCAGAGGCCCCCGGGGGCAGCACCUACGACCCGCCCUGCCGCUGGCUGGAGGCGUCAGAUCUGCAGGCCAGUGUGCCGGGCACACUGGGCAACGGCACCCGGCUGCAGCUGGCGGGGGUCCCCGUGGGCGUGCUGCGGCGGCCGGGGCUGCGGCACUUCUACUGCUGCACCGGCUGCGGCAAGGUCUUCUGGGAGGGCUCCCACCUGGGCCGCGUCACUGCGAACUUCCACGAGGUCCUGGAGGGGCCCCCGGCUCCUGCGAGUCCAGCCAGCAGCCCCUCGUGAGGACCCGGCCCCAGCCCCUUGGAGGUGGGCGGGCCAGCCGACAAUAAAAGUGCAAAGGCGAGA